CAAUUGAUUUAAAAAUACUAGUCCUAUACGUAUUCCUAUACGCGCAUUAUACGCGACCCCACUGCGUGGUGUAUAUAAAUACAGGCGCACUGCACCAGUUUCGUAUCAGCUUCUUCAUCCCAAAGCAAAACCAACAACAACAACAACUAACUGCCCGCCAUGGAUUCCCGUUUCUCUCUCUUCCUGAUCCUCUCCGCACUCCUGGCCUCCGCAGCCCUCGCCGACGUCUCCGCCACCGCCGAUCCUCUGAUCCGGCAGGUGGUCGACGACGAGCAGCGAUCCUCUUCCCUCCCCAACGUCGCCGCCGCCGCCGCCGACAACCUCCUCGGAGCGCCGGAGCACCACUUCUCCCUCUUCAAGAAGAAGUUCGGGAGAUCGUACGUCUCUCAGGCGGAGCACGACUACCGGUUCAAGGUGUUCAAGGCGAAUCUGAGGCGCGCCGCCCGCCACCAGCUGCUCGACCCCAGCGCUUCUCACGGAGUCACUCGGUUCUCCGAUUUGACCCCUCGCGAGUUCAGGAGGCAGUUUUUGGGGCUCAGGAAGCUUGGGCUUCCCAGCGACGCCAACACGGCGCCGAUCCUCCCGACGAGCAAUUUGCCUGCGGAUUUCGAUUGGAGGGAGAAGGGCGCGGUUACUGCCGUCAAGAAUCAGGGUUCAUGUGGUUCUUGCUGGAGUUUCAGCACAACUGGAGCACUGGAAGGUGCGCACUACUUGGCUACAGGGGAGCUAGUGAGUCUCAGCGAGCAGCAGCUUGUGGAUUGUGAUCAUGAGUGCGACCCAGAAGAGCAAGGGUCCUGCGACGCUGGCUGCGGCGGCGGGCUAAUGAACAGUGCAUUCGAGUACACGCUCAAAGCCGGCGGCUUGAUGCGUGAGCAGGACUACCCUUACACCGGCACAGACCGCAGCACCUGCAAGUUCGACAAGAGCAAGAUUGCAGCUAAAGUAGCCAACUUCAGCGUCAUCUCGACCGACGAAGAACAGAUUGCUGCUAACCUCGUCCAGAGUGGCCCUCUUGCUGUUGCGAUCAAUGCUGUGUACAUGCAGACCUACAUGGGCGGAGUCUCGUGCCCUUACGUCUGCUCCAAGAGGCUCGACCAUGGAGUGUUGCUGGUGGGCUAUGGGGCGUCGGGCUAUGCGCCGAUCCGGAUGAAGGAGAAGCCGUACUGGAUCAUCAAGAACUCGUGGGGAGAGAACUGGGGAGAGAAUGGGUACUACAAGAUAUGCAAGGGGAAGAAUGUCUGCGGAGUUGAUUCUAUGGUCUCCUCUGUUGCUGCAGUUCAGACUACACCUCCCGGUACCCAGUAGUGAAAUAAAGGUGCCGGCCGGCUGGCUGGAUGGCUUUUACAUUUGAUUUGAUAUAUAGAGAGAAUUGGAUGGAUGAAUGUUUGGAUGUAAAUAUUUAUUUAUCCCUCCUCCUUGCAGCACUGAAAGGGAGCUUUAUUUUUACAUUAUUGCAAUCGCACUUCUGUGACCUCUUUUAAUCUAUACGAGCUUUUGUUGUCGGAUUAAAUUUCUGAAGCAGAUUUGGUACAUUGUUGUGAAAAUGUACCUUGGAAGAUGAUAAAGUAUGACGCUUCCUGAUUUAUGCCAAUGUAUUGCUGAUAUAUGAAAAAA